AUGGCUAACAAUCAGAGAAGAAACUCGUCGAUUUCCCGCAGCAAUAGCCAACGGUCUGAAUCCGGGAAGAAUGGCAACGGACAACGGAGUCGACAAAAUUCCCAGUCCCAGCAGCAAGAAACGACUACGACGACGUCGACGUCGACCACGACAACGUCUAUGUCUAUGUCACCAUCUUCAAAGCGUCAGAGAAAGACUCAGCCACCGUCGUUGUCAAUUCCCCCGAAUCAGCAGAGCAGACUUUUUAUACCGCUGACGCCGUCAGCGACAACACCAACGUAUGCGGCUGUCGCGGCAGCUGCGUCUGCUUCUGCACCGUCUUCUCCUGCCACCCCUUAUGUGCGAUCCAAAAGGUAUAGUCCUGGUCUACCGCGCAUAGGCAGCUUGCAUAUUAACAGCCCCUACCCAUCACAGCCUGCCUCGGCCCGACCCAGACUGGGAGCCAUCCCGGAAGAAGAGCCCGAAGACGGACAUCAGUCCGCACAAAAGAACGCACCUCCCACUCGCUCCGUAUCCUUUGCUCGCAGAGCAUCCCGGUCACGGUCUCGCCGGAGGCAUUCAGACAGCCGAGUCCACCGCGUCGGAGACAAGCACUACUCCCUGCAGGGCUACGCCGCGCAGACAGGGCCCUUCGCACCGGGGAGCAUCAUCCGGGUGCCGCAUUUCGAGCAGCACGGCACCACCUCGUACCCGUCCGACUGGAAGCACAGGCUCGAAACGGAGGACAUGGGCGACAUCUGCUUCAAGUGGCGGCGCAUGGUGGUCGUGACGGUGCACAAGGGCCACCACGUCUGCCUGCCCAUCUACACCUUCAACGGUCGGGGUGUCGAUCCGGAGAAUGGGAAGGGGGGGCAGUACCGCGAUCCGGACGAGUACGUCCCUAUCCUCGACCACCGCAUUAACAUCCCCAAGACGCCUAGUGGCAUCGUAAUCAAAACGCGCUUCUUCAAAGACGACGUCCUCCCGCUACACGAGUCGUCCGUCAUCGCCCUGACGUACCCCAUCUCGCGGCGCGACGACUGCAUAGCCAUCCUCGAGGGCAGAAUCCGGGCAUCGUCGACCCGGCUCCUGCUAAGGCUGUACAUGAGGCAGAUGAUGAAGAGCAUCUGGAUGUGGCGCAGCAAGGAGUCUGGGGCGUUGUUCCCCAAGGAUCAUCUGAACGAAAAGUCGCACGUGUUGGAGUUUAUUGCUAAUGAGAUUGCGAGCUGUGAGGUGCAUGAUGAUUCGGAUUGA